GUCCCAUCUUCACGCUCAUUCCCCUCACUCACCCACUCCCCCAAAUCCCUAGCCCGCGGCGGCGACGCACCUCCCCCUCACCUGCGUCGGCGAUGCACCUCCCCCUCACCUGCGUUGGCGACUCAGCCGUGUCGCCGCCCUUCUCCCCAAGCGUCGCCUCCUCGCAUUCUCGUCCGCGUCGCCUCUUCCUCUCGCCCGCAUCCUCUGCAUCACGGUCGAGCCAAAGUUGGUUGUUUUAGCGAGGUCGAGUUGGAGCCUGACGAGCGCGGGCACGGCGGCCUUGUUCUGCUCGACGACGGCGGCGACGGACGCUGGCGCUCCUCGUCGCCAUCGACCUGCAAGGAGGAGCGUCGUGUUGGACGCUGCCAUCCCAAACGCUGCUGGUGCUCCAUCGCUUCUAAGUUCCUCGUCACCUGCUCCUAGGUCGCCCCCGAAGUCGAGCUCCCCACGCUCGACCUGCAAGAUGUACUGUGGCCAAGAACUGCUCUCUGCCGCGUGAGUAGAUUGGAAAGGCAAGGCGCAAGGAGCGAUUGGAAAGGCUGCUGCUGCUCCUGGACGAUGCAGCUCCUGAUGCCACUACCCCUUGUCGAUUCGGGCAUGAGCACAUUCUUGGAGUGGAUCUGCAUUUCAAAUAGUUUACAAGUGGGAGUACAUGGAGUACUACAGAUUAAAUCGAGGAGAAGAUGGUCCCUGCUCCGUGAUGAUGCCGCCGUUACCUACGACUUCCUCAACCACCACCACCACGACUUCGUCGAACAUGACUGGGUGUCUGGCCUCCCAUGCUCCAGGAAAGGAAGUCAUGAGGUUGAUGUAUAUGCACACUAAGCGGAUCUGUUGGAUCCCUAUUUUGAACUCUAUUCUGUAUGUAGUGCCAGGUUUUUGAAAAUAGCGCCGGCUGAGAGGAUGUGCGUGUCCAGAAGGGGAUCGCCAUCGGAUCCUGGGCGCCGGCGUCUCCUUAACGGGAUCGCGGCGCCGUCUCCUGAAGCGAUCCUGAAGUAGAUCGCCGUCUCCUGAAGCGAUCCUGAAGCAGAUCGUACGAUGGACGGGCGGCGGCUUUGAUGUGCGAGGGCGACGGCGAAGGUUAGGAUCGCCCGCGGCACAGGGAUGGAUGUCCGGCGGGGGCGAAGGGGUGGAUCGGGCGUGCGAAGGGCUGGUUGGCGGCGGAGAACGAUCUGCUCGUAGGGUUUUUUUUGGUACGGGUUUUUUUCGCAGGAGGGUUGCGAGUUAACGGAGGUGGGAGGAUGACGAAAAAAUCCAGCGAAAAUAAACCGCAGAGACUAUUCAUCAAGUCGUCCAUUAGGAGUAGAGAUUUUUGUUAGCACGUUGCGUUGUCACGCCAUUGUCUCCGUGGACGCGUUGCUUCAUUCAUUCACGCCCCCGCCAUUGUCGUUGGCGCGAAGGCCCGAAACAACAGACGUACGCGUGCCAAAUUAAGGCAGCCCCAAAGGACCGUGCCCUCCGACCAUUCCUCCCGUCACCUCUGUCCUCCCCUCCACAUCUCUCCCGGCGCGUGGUCGGUCGGGGGCUGCCAUUGGCCUCCGCCGCCACCGCCCGGACCACGUAAGUCGGCCGAUCGCCCGAUCAACUAACCAGCCUGCAGACCCCUACGCGCGCACGGUGUACGUGUCCCCAUCUCCGAAAAUGCACCGGUGGCUCAUCGGGGGCUGCGGCGACAUGCGCCCGCCCCGCCGCCGCAUCCAAGAACCGCAAGUCCAAGGUACCUGCGUGCGCCGCCCACGUUCUCGGAUCUUAGAUUGCUCCGGCGUACGUGCACCAUGCAUGCAUGCAUGCAUGCGCGCGCUCUAGAGUAACAUUUGGGGUUUCCUUCGUGUAGAGGAGCCUCGGCCGCGUCGGCGCACGUCGUCCCCGCCGAAGCUGAGGAAGACGAGCUCGGAGCCGAUUAUGCUCUCCCUGCCCAAGGACCUGGCGGAGUUUCGAGCGAUGUCUGUGUACGGGAACCUCAAGCUCUUCACGUACGACCAGCUCCGGCAGGCCACCGGCGACUUCAGCCCCACCCAGAUCAUCGGGGAGGGCGGCUUCGGCGUGGUCUACAAGGGUGUCGUUGGCGCUAUGGUGGUCGCCGUCAAGCGGCUCAACCCGGAGGGCAUUCAGGGCGACCGGGAGUGGCUGACAGAGGUGAGUUGCCUAGGGCAGUACAGCCACCCGAACCUGGUGGAGCUCAUCGGCUACUGCUACGACGACGACCACCGGCUGCUGGUGUACGAGUUCAUGGCCAAGGGCAGCCUCGAGAACCACCUCUUCCGACGCGCGUGCACCCUGUCGUGGACGACCCGGGUGAGGAUCGCGCUGGACGUGGCGAGGGGGCUGGCCUACCUCCACGGCGCGGCGCGGCCCAUCAUCUACCGCGACUUCAAGACCUCCAACAUCCUGCUCGACGCCGACUUCGGCGCGAAGCUGUCGGACUUCGGGCUGGCCAAGGAGGGGCCGGUGGGCGGGAAGACGCACGUGUCCACCCGGGUGAUGGGCACCUACGGCUACGCGGCGCCGGAGUACAUGGCGACGGGGCACCUCACGGCGAUGAGCGACGUCUACGGCUUCGGCGUUGUGCUGCUGGAGAUGCUGGUGGGGCGGCGAGCGCUGGAGCCGAGCCUGGCGGGGAGGGCGGGCAACCUGGUGGACUGGGCGCGCCCGAUCCUCAUCCGGGGCAGGAAGCUGGAGAAGAUCGUGGACGCCAGGAUGGCGCAGCAGGGCGCCUACUCGGCGCGCGCGCUGGAGCGGGUGGCGAGGCUGGCGUACGACUGCCUCAGCCAGAACCCCAAGGUCCGGCCCGCCAUGAGCCGGGUCGUGCUCGUGCUCGAGGCCGCGCUCGCCAUCCCGCCGGAGGAGGUGGACGACGGCGAUGGAGGCCGUGGCGGCGGCGACGCCUCUCCGACUCCGGGCCGGUGAUCGAUGUGUUGUACGCGAUGUUGUGUAUGUAGGUUUUUGUUUUGGUAACUGCGAGAGGUAGGUGUGUGUGGGUGCGUGUAAAUUUAAAUGUGGAGAGAAAGCGCGGUUUGUGGACGAACUACUCAAAAUCGUUUUUUGUUCAAAAAUAAAAUGUGUUCGUGA